AUGUUGGCAGGUGCGCACACGGCUCUCUACUGCCCUCACCCGCCCACGCACGGUACUCACCUCGUCGUCCUCCCUCCCCUCCGCUCCCACCUCCCCACCGCGUCACAUCUCCGCUCGCUCGCUCAACAACGACCCGCCCUGCGUGCAGCCGCAAAAGCCGGCGUCGCCCUGCUCAAGGACGGCAACCUCGGCGAGAAGCCCCGCUCGAGCGUCUCGGCCCUGAUCGACAUCCUCUGCCUCGACAAGUACGACGAGGACGACCUCGACGGCAUCGCAGAGCUCGUCGAGAGCAUCAACCUGCAGCCCAUGACCGGCCCGACUGAAGCCUCGCGCGCCAUCCGCAAGAAGCUCAAGUACAGCAACAUCCACGGGCAGCUGCGCUCGCUCACCAUCCUCAAGGCGCUCGUCGAGAACUGCGGUCCUCGCUUCCAGACGACUUUCGCCAACGAGCGCCUUCUCGAGCGCAUCAAGGUCCUCGCCGGCGACCCCAACACCGAGCCGCAGGUCAAGAAGAAGGUCAUGAGCGUCCUCGGCAGCUGGUACAUCCAGUUCAAGGACGACCCCAAGAUGCAGCUCGUCGCCGGCCUGUACAAGAGCUGCGGAGGUGGCAAGCAGGUGCGUCACCCCUCUCUCUCCAUCGUCGUUCCUUCGGCCGCUCGUGCCGAGCGCAAGGCGGCCGAGAGUCGUGCCCGCGAGGCCGAGAAGGAGCGCAUCGCCAAGGCCAAGGCGGACAAGGAGCGUAUGAAGCAGCAGGCGCGCGCGGGCACGCAGACGAGGCCGAGGCGGCCGCCGUUCAACUUUGAGCAGGAGAAGCCCAAGAUCAUGGCCUCGGUCGGGCAGGGCACGCAGGCGGCGCAACGCCUCGUCAACGCCCUGCAACUCGUCAACCGCGAGAAGGAGUCGGUCACGACCAACGCGCGCGUGCAAGAGUGCCUCGAGAAGGCAAAGGCCGACCGCAAGAUCCUCAUUCGCUACAUCCAGCUCAUCGACCAAGACUCGGACGGCGACUUCCUCGGCACGCUCAUCGCGACCAACGAGCAGCAGGGCCUCACGGUCCCGCCGUCGGCGACGCCUCACGACGCCGGCGCGCGCGACGACGCCGACACGCAGAGCAUCCGCUCGCGCCUGUCGGCGUUCGACAUGCAGGACCGCGAGGUCGACAAGCUCCAGUCGCGGCAGAGGAGGAGGCUCGAGCGGCACUUGAGCAGCCGGGGCCCGCAGGGAGGCGUGCACCCGGAUCUGCAGGACCUCGCGUUCGGCCCGACAGGAGGCUCGGCCCUCCCUCCUCCGAUCCAGCCCCGCUCGGCCGAGGACACGUACCGCCACGGCUCGCUGUCCGACUACUCGGACUACUCGUCCGACGACGACUACUCGUCGGACGCGUCGCGUGGCCCGUCGCAGCACAGCGCGGCCGGGAGCUACGCGGCGCAGGUGCGCGAGGAGCGCGGCAAGGGCCCGCUCGCGCAGCAGGAGCACGAGCCCGAGGAGGACCCGUUCGCCGACCCGUUCGCCGACGGCAACGGCGCGAGCGAGUACGAGGUCAUGACGCCCGGGAUUGCCGACCGGAGGAUGGAGUGGAGGGAGGUCUGA